AAGCUUGUCAUGGUCAACGGCAUCCUCGGCCUUCUGGCGCUGAUCGUUGCGGCGGUCAUCGCUGCGGGCACGCCCAACUCGUCGGGCACGAACAACGGCUUUUACUACUCGAUGUGGUCGGACGGCGUCUCGGACGUGACGUACACCAAUCAGGCGGGCGGCGCGUACUCGGUCAAGUGGUCGAGCGCGAGCAACGGCGGUGGCAACUUUGUCGCGGGCAAGGGCUGGGCCGUCGGCGCGCACCGCACCAUCUCGUACACGGGGACGUACACGCCCCAGGGCAACAGCUACCUCGCCAUUUACGGCUGGUCGCGCAACCCGCUCAUCGAGUACUACAUUGUGGAGAACUACGGCACGUACAACCCCGGCAGCGGCGGCCAGCUCAAGGGCACCGUCACCUCGGACGGCAGCGUCUACGACAUCUACACGUCCAUGCGCUACAACGCGCCGAGCAUCGACGGCGACAAGACGUUCCAGCAGUUUUGGUCCGUGGUACCGCCGCAACAAGCGCACGGGCGGCACCGUCACGACCGCCAACCACUUUGA